AUGGAGGAAGCUAGAGAUAUAUUACACAAAUUCAAUGCCAUUGAUAUGCGUAAAGAUUGUUGCAUUUUGUAUACAAACCGUGCAUUAACAUAUAAUAAAUUAGGUAAAGGAAAAAAAGCUCUUUAUGAUUGUGAAAUGGCUUUGGCGUUAGAUAAAAGUUCUUUAAAUGCGAUGUUAUACAAAGCUGUUGCUUUAAGUCUAUUAGGGAAAAACACAGAUGCAAAAAACAUGUUAGAACAUGCCCUUGUAGAACACCCAGACUGCUUAUACCGUAUAACAGAAUAUCAGAAGAAACUAAAUUUGAAGUGAUUUGUAAAACAUUUUCGAAAUAUGACUAAGAAGUGGUUUAUUUUAAAAUAAAUAUUAGCCAAAUUGUGCAUUUAUUUUCUUUUAGAUAUAUGGAUAAAUUACACGUUAUACUAUUUUCAUUAAUACUAUUUUUUAUCCAUUUUAUUGCUUAAUUUCUUUUUGGUUUUUAUAUUAUUUUUUAAAUAAAUGUUUAU